AUGAACAAGAAUUUUGAUAGUAAAGACACUUCUGAUGGAAGAAAAGUGAAAAGAUCAAAAAGAGAAGAGGCAAAAGUAAACCCAUGGACCCACAAAGAUUACAGCUUUAAGUAUUUUGAUAUCUUGGAAAAGAGGAAAGAACUACCUGUCUAUGAAGCAUAUGAAACUCUUAUUGACCUUGUUAAGGAAAACCAGAUAGUGAUUCUUCAAGGAGAAACAGGAAGUGGGAAAACAACACAAGUUCCUCAGUUCCUCCUUGAGAGCGGCAUUGGAGGAGACAAGAACGUUGCAUGUACACAGCCAAGGAGAGUAGCAGCAAUGAGUGUAGCCAAAAGAGUAGCUGAAGAAAUGGAUGUGAGACUAGGGGAAGAAGUAGGGUAUAGCAUUAGGUUCGAUGACAAGACUUCUGCAAAAACACGAUUAAAAUAUAUGACAGAUGGAAUGCUCUUGAGAGAAGCUAUGGUAGAUCCCCUCUUGUCUAAAUAUUCAAUCAUAUGUUUGGAUGAGGCUCAUGAGAGGAUCCUGAAUACUGAUAUUCUCUUUGGACUCAUCAAGGAAGUCUUACCUAACAGACCUGACCUGAAGUUGGUUGUGAUGAGUGCCACAAUGGAUGCUGAUAAAUUUCAAAAAUAUUUCGAAGGUGCUCCUUUGCUUGAUGUUCCAGGAAGAAUGUAUCCUGUGGAGAUAUUCUAUACAGAAGAACCAGAAGAGGACUACUUUGCGGGGGCGAUCAAGACUAUUGUUCAAAUUCAUGCCUUUGAGGAAAAAGGUGACAUUUUAUUAUUUUUAACAGGAGAAGAAGAAAUUGAGAAUGCUUGUGCUGAGAUUAAAGAUGAAGUCAAAAAGUUGGAUGGUGUUGGGGAUCUCAGUGUGAUUCCGCUAUACUCUUCUCUUCCACCUGCCAUGCAGCAGAGAAUAUUUGAGGAUCCUCCCCCAAGGAACAAACAUGGAAUUGAGGGAAGAAAAUGUAUUGUAUCAACCAAUAUUGCAGAAACAUCUUUAACUAUCGAUGGAAUUGUGUAUGUGGUAGACCCUGGAUUUUCUAAACAGAAGGUGUAUAAUCCAAGAUUAAGGAUUGAAUCUCUUCUUGUCUCCCCAAUUAGUAAGGCUAGUGCAAAACAAAGAAGCGGAAGAGCUGGAAGAACCAAACCAGGAAAAUGCUUUAGACUUUAUACAGAGCAUUCUUAUAAAAAGGAGCUAGAUAACAACACUAUCCCAGAAGUUCUUAGGUCUAAUCUUGGGCAAGUUGUAUUAACAUUGAAAAAGCUAGGCAUUGAUGAUCUUGUUCAUUUUGACUUUAUGGAUCCUCCUGCUCCAGAAACGCUUAUGAGAGCAUUAGAAGAACUGAACUACCUUGGGGCUCUAAAUGAUGAAGGAGAUCUUACCAAGUUAGGAGAUGAAAUGUCUCAGUUGCCUUUAGACCCAAAUCUUGCUAAAAUGUUGCUUGAUUCUGUUGAAAGAAAAUGCUCAGGUGAAAUUUGCUCUAUUGUUUCUGUAUUGAGUGUUCCAAAUGUAUUUAUGAGACCAAAAGAAUGUAUCAAGAAAGCUGAUAUUGCUAAAUCUAAAUUUGCACAUCCUGAUGGUGAUCAUUUGACUCUUUUAAAUGCAUUCGAGAAUUAUAAAUACAAUAAAGAAGAUCAAAAAUGGUGAUGGAAUAACUUCAUUAACUUCAGAUCAAUGAAAUCUGCAAGCAGUAUUAGAGCUCAACUAGUAAACCAAAUGAACAACUUUGGGUACAAAAUAGAACUGUCCCCUAAGCGUCCUAAAGAAUACCUCGACAGGAUCAAAAAGUCUAUAGUAUCUGCUUUCUUCAUGCAAGUCGCUCACCAAGAGAGAGCCGGCCACUACAUGACCGUAAAGGACAACAAAGUAGUCCUAAUCCACCCAUCCACUGCUAUAGACCACAAGCCUGAAUGGGUACUAUACCACGAGUUCAUCCUGACAUCCAAAAACUACAUCAGAACAGUCUCCGAAAUAAAUCCUAAAUGGCUGUUGGAAAUAGCCCCUGACUACUACGACCUCGAAGAGUUCUCAAACAAUGAGAUAAAGAAGAAGCUGCUUAAGAUCCAGAAGAAAAUGAUUAGCUAA